UGCUGGAGGCAGUGACGAUCGACCACUCAGAGACGAGCUCUGGCAAAUAUGCACAGACCUUCCGCAGACGCGCACAGUACAAAACGCAACUGUCGGGAAAGCGCGCAGCAACCUAACAUAAGAGAGGAAAGGAACUCUCGGAAAGCAUCUCUUGAAGGUUUGACCCCCUGACGCUGUUGUGGACGUGGACUCUGCACAACCAUGGUGGACUAUUACCAGAUUUUAGGAGUGUUCAAGAAUGCGUCGCAAGAGGACAUUAAAAAAGCGUACAGAACCCAGGCGCUGCAUUGGCAUCCAGACAAAAACCCCAACAACAAAGCGGAGGCAGACAUGAGGUUCAAACAGCUUUCAGAGGCGUACGAGGUCCUGUCCGACCUCAACAAGCGGAACAUUUAUGACCAAUCUGGGGUAGAGGGCUUAACUGGAGGCGCAGGACCCUUUGGUCCCCAGUUUGGUGGAUUCCGCAAUCCCAUGGACGUCUUCAGGGAUUUCUUUGGUGGGCAAGACCCGUUUUCCCAGGUUUUCGGAAAUGAUGCUGCCAAUAUGUUUGGGGGCGGGCAGAUGCCCGCGUGCGGCAUGAACAUGGGUCAGAUGCAGGCGCCCUUCUCCCAGGGAUUUGGCGGCUUCCCUUCCUUUGGGGCAGGUAGCUCAUUCAGACCAAUGGGUGGAGGAUUACCAGGAGGAAUGGCAGGAAUGCCAGGAAUGCCUGGAGGUGGAAUGGCAGGAAUGCCAGGAAUGCCUGGAGGUGGGAUGGGAGGAAUGCAAGGAAUGCCUGGAGGUGGGAUGGGAGGAAUGCACGGAGGUGGACUGCCAGGGAUGCGAGGACCAGGAGGAAUGCCUGGAAUGGGACAACAAGGAGGCUUCACCUCUUUCUCCUCGUUCGGUGGAAGCGGGCCUGGAAAUUACCAGUCUGUGUCAACCUCCACAAGCAUCGUGAAUGGAAAGAAAAUCACCACUAAAAGAAUGUCAGGGAGUGACGGGGAGCGAGUAGAGGUAUAUGAAGAUGGAAAAUUAACAUCUGUUACCGUUAAUGGGAAGGAAGAGUUGAUUAACAAGUAAUAUCCUGGUACAGAUUUGGGUGGAGAAAAUGACCUGAAACAAUCUGAUUGCUCAGAUGUGUGAGUGUGUUUUCUCCCCCCCCAUGUCCACCUCCUCAGGGCAAAGUUCCUUUUUGACAAAAUGCUGUUACAUUUUAGUUUAGAAAUUCGGAGCAGGUGCUUUUUAUCUUUUGUUUGGGACCACUAUUUUUCGGGAAAAACACAAGAUUUCUGUAUCUUAUUGGUUUUUAUACCUUUUCGCCCCUGUAUGCACUUUGCCAUACUGCAGUUUCUCAAUGAUCCAGAUGGAGCAUGGCUAUGCUUAACCAACUGAAGCAUGCAAUUGGUAUUUCCAUCACUCAAUCAAUCAUCAUUGUUUUGACAUGUUUCCAGCCCUUAACUCUUAACUGUCAACCUGUAGCUGCUUUUUGCAAUUGCCAUUAUUAUUAAUUAAUUAAUCAAUGGUAUUCAUUUAGCAUUUUCUUUUUUAUUUCUUUAUUUAGAAAGGUGUUUUUCAUUUCUGCAUGAUUGCCAAUAAUUGCUCUUCAUAUUAAUAUGCCUAUUGUGGAAAGACCUCAGAAUACAAAUGCACUGUGAGUAUUCUUGGGGAUUUCGCUUUACUUUGUAAGAGGAUCUGGAACCAAUAAAAUCAAGUGCCAUUAUUUUGGG